CUGACUUUGUAUCUGCAGCGAAUUCUAACCUCAACUUUUGAGUUGUGACCUUGUUUGCUUGGUAAUUUUCAUUGUAUUAUACUGAAUAAGUGACCAAUUGAGAUACCUAUUGGUAAAUCAAAUAUUAAUUACAUUCAGCAAUGUCUCACGCCCAGAUUGAUCUCACUGAGGAAGAUGCUGCCGAUUUGCAAUUCCCUAAAGAGGAGAACCCCACAUCAAAAAUAUCGAAUUUUAAAAAUAAUUCUGAAUCGAUAAAAUUUCUAACGAGUGAAUAUAAAACGUCUUGCUCUAACUGUCUAAACGAUUUGAUUGCGCCUUAUUUCUUUUGCGUACAGUGUAGAAUCCCUAUUUGCUCCCAUUGUUUCUGUAAUGGUGCUGAAUUCUCUGUUCAUAAAAAUGAUCACGACUACCAAAUUCUGAAGGAUAGUUUUAUAUUGUUUGAGAAUUCCGAUUGGACAGCAAAAGAAGAAGUGACUAUGUUGAAAGCACUGUUGAGGUAUGGAAAUUGGAAUUCAGUAGCCAAUGAAUUACCUAAAAGAAAUGUGAAAGAAAUUAAAGAACAUUAUGAUUAUUUUUACCUCAAAAGAAAGGGGUCAAAGCUUCUUCCGAAAAUUGAAGAAACACAAAGUGCUGUGUUCCCAGAACCAAUAGUGCCUUAUAGGUUGAAAAUAAAUAAUACUGAAGAACCUCCACGGUUCCAACCUAACACUAAUGGAUAUAGUGCAUUGGCUGGCUACAAUCCAGCUCGAUCAGACUUUGAAUGCGAAUAUGAUGGGAAUGCCGAGGAUUUGCUGUCCAAUCUGAAGCCUAUAGACGAAUCUGAUCCGCAUUAUGAGUUACUGACAAAAAUGCAGUGUGCUGUUAUUCAGUGCUACAAUAGGCGAUUAAGGGAACGGCAAAGAUGGAAAGCCAUCAUGAGAAAACAUGGAUUAAUUUUAAUUCGUAAAUGUAUGAGUUGGCUCAGUAGAUAUGAUGUAACAAUCACAAAACCUGUAUACAUGAGACUAAUCAGAUUUAUGCAACUAUGUGAACCUGAACAUUUUGAGUUUUUCAUGGAAGGAUUACACAGGGUGGGUGAACUGAAAUUGCAUAUCUCAAGACUUUGUGAUUUUCGUUCAAAGGGAAUCACAACUUUGGGAGGUGCCCAACUGUAUCUAAAACUGAAAAACCAACAUGAAGAAUACAAAAAAGACCUUAAACUCUUUCAAAAACAGAGUAAAUAUAAUUGGAAACAAGUACCACAAAUUAUUCCAGCAGCAUCUGAUAUGUUUGUGAAUAAAAGAAGACCUACAUUUGCACCGUUAGAUAUCCUAGGAAUGCCUGGAUAUGAAAAAUUGUCCAUAAAAGAAAGAGAUCUCUGUUCGAAUGUUAGAUUGGCACCUACAUUAUAUUUUGAAUUGAAAAACCUAUUAGUUUCUGAGAAUAAGAAGAUGGGUCACCUGAAGUUGCAGACAGCUAGAAGAUUAUUGAAAAUCGAUGUCAAUAAAACAAGAAAGCUAUAUGAUUUCUUAGUGGAGGAAGGCUUCAUCAGCAAACCAUAAGACUGCUAAGGAGAAAUGACUGAUACAUAAAGUUGAAAAGGUGUAUUUAAAUUUCAACUUGUCCCAAUGUACAUAUUUUAUUAUAUUUUAUAUUUUGUGAUACUUAAGUGUGAUAAUAUGUUGCCUAAUGGAAUUCAAAAUAUAAGCUGAUCAACUG